AUGGCUGGCUGGCUUGUUGGGCGUGUGUGUGUGCUGCUCUUGUGGAGCGGAAGCCGCGCUCGAAAGAUUGGUACCUGCGUCUUUGUGCGUCUUGCAAGCCACGGAGCGCGACAUGUGCUGUGGUAUCUGCCAAUGCCAUGCAAAGGGCGUCACUCCAAUACGCACAAUCGACUCAAAGGUUAG